GGGGAGGCUAAAGGAUUGGUGGAAGAAGUCAAGGGAGAGAUGAGAUAAUACCAUAAAUCGGGGAGCUAAUGUUUUCUAUACUAUUUUAGCUAUUUAUUUGGGGAGAGGAGAGUGAAAACUAAACUUUAAGAAAAAGGAAAAUAUAAGCAAAAAAAAAAAAAAAGAGGCGGGGGGAGUAAAAGGCUAGGUGGCGCCAGCCGCCGACUGUUACAAAGGGUUUAGCCACCAUCCAUCCAUUCAUCCAUACAUCCAUCUAUGUUAUCAUGCGACAUAUACGAAUUAGUAAGCAAGCGGAAAGUUUCAACGAGUUGAAUGUGGUGUUAUGUGGUGUUAUCGUGUGAUAGCCCGCGGUGAUAGGCGUUCUUUCGUGUAGCUGUGAAUAUCAUUUUGAACUGGUUAGCGGGUUGCUGCACUGUACGUAGUACCGGUAGCAAUACAUGCGUGUUCCUGCACUGUCACUGAAUUUCCGCGCAGUAUACGCGAACCGAGGAGGCCCUGUGUAGUGUUUGCCAGCAAUAGUGCUCAGAAAACUUUUUUAUUGUUCCAUCCAAGCAGAUGCCCGUAAGCAUGGCAUGUGAUGAGAAGCUGUCCGAGGCGUUUGAAAGAGCGCUGAGACUCUCUCCGAAAGUGAAGGACGCUCCAAAUUUUGUCACACCUCAGAAGCGUCCGUUGCUGGGUCGUCAUUGCUGGUCAUCUGCUCGGUGAGCUGUCAAAAAUCUUGCAUGCGGCGCCCCUCCUUUCUGAAUAGCUCCAGCAGCGAAGAUGAAUUGAAAACAUCUGUGGAAAGGAAGAAGGAGAGGAAGCCGGCUGUUCCCUCGCGUGUCAUGAUGCCAUGCACCACAGCAAAGGCACUACUGGACGAGGACGCCUGGUUUCUCGAAUCUCUGUCUGAUAGCACACCGCUGGACAAGUGUCAUCCCGACACACUCAAAUUUAGGCAGCGAUUCAAGGACUCUCGGGAGGACCUCUCAAAUGCCCUUUUUUUACUUUUUAACAGGGAGAUCUUUGCUCACAAGCUUCCUCCGGGCGAAAUUUCCUGGAACAGCCGGUUGACGUCAACAGCGGGCCGAUGUUUCAAUUUGGCUGAUUACAACUACCGUGUGGAGCUCUCGGCAAAGAUUCUCCACAAUGCGGAAUACACAAGAGACACUCUACUGCAUGAACUAUGCCAUGCGGCAGUUUGGUGCGUGCACAAUUACAAGCGAGGUGGCCAUGGUGAACUGUGGAAGUUCUGGGUGGAUCGUGCUGCCCGAAGAUUCCCCAAGCUUCCCCCUGGUCAAAGAUGUCACAACUACAAGCAGUCACGAUCAAGGAAACUUACCUUCAAUUGAUGUCCACGCUGCCUGUAAUCCUUUUUUUUUUUUCUCAUUAAGCAGCACUGGACACCGGACAGCAAGAUAAUCAUGUAUAUACGCUGCCAACGGCAACACAGGCCAUGUACAAUCUUGAGUGUGUACAACUUUUAAGUAUGACCAAUCAAUUGACAAGGCAGCUGGUUGCCACACCCUAAUUUACUUGAAAUUAAACUUUUGGAGGUCACCCUCGAAGGA